CCGCGACGGGAAGUGGGAGCGGGCGUGGGGCCGGGCUCGGGCGGCCGGAGCCAUGGAGCGGCCCGGCUCUCUGCCGCUGCUCCUCGCCGUCUGCUGGGCGGUCGCCGCGGGGCCGGCGGCAGGAGCAAAAGUUCUUCCGCCUCCAUCCAACCUGGGCUACUCAUUUAUCCAAAUCUGUACCCUGAACUGGACAUGGAACCCCCCAGAGAACAUCAGCAGUAGCUGCAACCUGGAGUAUUCCAGCGACAUUGUGAUUGAUGAGGUCCCACAGGACAGAAGAGAAUGGAGUAAGAGCCGCUUCCGUGUGACUGAUACUUUCUUGAAUGAGGAAAUGCGUUUCAAAGUGAGAAGUGAGUGCAAGUACGAUAACGCCAGCGAGCCCAGCCGAUGGGUGGAGACCUCCCUUCUGCCAAAAGGUAUUCCGGGUACUGCUGCUGUUGACUUGAGCUGUGUUUGGCACAAUUUGGAGCGCAUGGUUUGUACAUGGCGUCCUGGGGAGAAUGCAAGCAGUGAUACCAAUUAUAUGUUGUUCUACUGGUUUGAUGGUUUGAAAAACCAUAAGAAGUGCAGCAACUAUGAUAUGCAUCAAGGAAUCUUUCGAUGCGUUUUCAAUCUUAGCUUCCCAAAAGUCACCAACACUUACCCAGCUAUAACUAUUUUGAUUAGAGAUGAUUCUGAAGAAACUAGGCCUGUGUGUGCAAGUAAAAAUCCUACCACCCUUGUAAAACCUGCUACACCAAGACGAGUUACACUGUCAAAGAUUAAUGAUGCAAUAUAUGUAGAAUGGAGUGAAUCAGACACCUUUCCAGAAAAUUGUUUGUUUUAUGAAGUUGAAUAUCACAAUGGUGAUUUGAACACCGCUCAGAUAAUUAAAGUUGAAAAUAAUCAUAUAUCAAUUCCUAGCGUUGAUCCUAAUAGCAAGUACGUCUUCAAAGUGAGAGCAAAACCAAAGCCCGAGUGUUACAGCAGCAAGCUCUAUAGUGACUGGAGUGAAGAAAAGAGUAUUGGUGAGAAGUUGGACUCUACCUUCUCUUUUGUUUUAAUAAUCACCAUUCCAUUAAUAGUAGCAGUAUCUACAAUAAUUCUACUGGUUUAUCUAAAAAGGCUGAAGAUAUUAAUUCUUCCACCAAUUCCAGACCCUAGGGAAAUUCUUAAGCGCAUGUUUGGAGAGCAGAAUGAGGAUGCCCAGAGCUGUGCAAAGGAUGAUUCUGUGAAUGCUUACGACAGGUUAAUUAGGGAAGAAGAAAUUCAUUCUUUAAUUUUAACAGAAGCUCCAGAGUGCACUAAUUCUGAAGAAGAAAACCCGUAAAAUCUGCUUUACCAGUAAAAGAUGAGGAAACUUUCAUCCCUGCUCCCGUACCUCAGGUGACCACGUAGAUGUGAAGAGGCCUGCAAGACAUUCACCAACUUUCACCUUACUGAGUUCUCUCUGAGUCUGUCGUCUUUGAUGCUCGGGAAACACAUCACUAACAGUGGCAAUUCUUCCACCUCUGCUAGAGAUACUCAUCUUGGAUCAUUCAAGAUGAGCACGUACAUAAAUUUCAUGUGACCGUAUUGCAGCAUCUCUUGUUCUGCAUCCAGCCAGCUCUGCCUUAUUACUUGUCAUUUGCACUUGUGUUUGUGCCUCAUGUUAGACUGUAAAUGGGUAUUUUGGAGCGAGCACCAUGACUUCUCUGAAGUAUUUGGCUCUAUUUUGCAGCAGGUGACAUGAGGUUUGUUUACAGUAGAUGGCUUAUUAGUGCUACUACAUGGAACUGCUGCCAGGUAGGAUGCUGGAGCGUGGACAUUUGUGGAUGGCCUGUUUCGUGUGCUCCAGGGCACAGCUUUUCCAGGGGGCAUUUGCAGACUGACCACCUUAUGGUUCUGGUUGCUGUGCGUCAGAUAUGGCUUGGUCAAACUCCAUAAGAGGGUUGGGUUUUCUUUAAAAAUGCGUAUGAAAAGCCUCUCUGCUUUCCAGCUGGUAUUCAGACUAUUCAUAGAAAAGGCUUAGUUUUUUUUAUCCUUUCAAGUGCCUGCCCUCAGAUGCCUUGCCUUCAUGGACUUCAUUAAUUAUACUCUGUUUAAAAUUACAAAUAGAAUUUUUUACUUGUGUUGUGCAGUGGCAGAUGACUUGAGUCAUUGAGUGUAUUGAGUCUCACCAGACUGAUUUUACUUUGGCCAUAUUGGCCUGAAAACACCUGAUUUUCGGAAGCUAAGUCAUCCUGAUCCUGUUCAGCAAAACUACCAGGAUGGAUGCAUGUGUCUAAGGAGCUGUGGUCAAAUUAAUUAGCAAGUGCUAAACCACUGAAACUGAAUUAAUUCAAAGGCUUCGAGACCCAUCCUUACUGCUGAGCUGAUGGAUUUGGGGGAAGAGGGGAUGACAACCUUGGCCUGCUUUUCUUUCUGUAGUGAUGAGGCUGUGAUUUGAGCUUCCCCUCUGGGAGCUUAGCAUUUUAAAACAAGGUGCUGAUAUGACUUUUUAAGAAUAUUUUCUUCUACAUUUUACUGCAGCAGCAUGAUGACUUCUUUUUUUGUAAAUCAUUAACGGAUUUGUUCAUUUUUUUGUUGUGGGGUUUUGUUUUUUUUUUUUUUCAGGUUGCUUUACCCAACAAAGCUCAACAGAAGUUUUCUGGCACAACUGUGACAUUUCACUGCUCUGAAUUCUGAGCAUUAGUCUCUACCCCGUGCUGCAGGGGUGUUAACAACAGGACCUUGAUUGUGCUGGAGGCAGAAAGCAAUGUAAUUGGGAGAAAGGGAUCCAUGCAAGCUGUUUAUGAUUAGUGUUCAGGAAUUUCUUGCUCAUCCCCGCUAAGUGCAAACACAUUAAUCAUUGAUACAGUCAGUCUUAGCAGACUGGGAAGAUAUAUCCUCAGAAGUUUGCUUGGAACAAACUGUAUAGCCACUAACCUUUCAAAGUUCAGCCCUGUCCUCAAACUCCAUUCAAUCAAAAGUCUGAAAUUAAAUGCUAUGUUUUUAGAACAUACUUUUCUGCGAGAAGUAGAACUAACAGAGCUUGCUUUUUAGCUAAAAAAUUAUAUCCUACAUAUUCCCCCCCUCUGAAUAAAUCCAAUUCUUUCCCCAAUCCCCAGUGAGCCUCUCAAAUACAGUUUCCUCCGUAUCUCUUAUCUGCCUCUCGUUACUGAUGGUAGAAGGGAGAGGAGAAAUGUAGCAGAACUAGCAAACCCUGUAUUAGCUUAAAUCUUUUACCUACAAUCAGGCUGAAAAAGGAGAGACAUUAUAAAAAUUGGUUAAUGAGACAAAAUGGGAAUAAAGCCUCAGGGAUUUCAGUGAGAUAAAACAAAACUCAGGUUAGACAAAGUCAGCUGGCAGCACUAUCUGAUACUCCAAAGGUAAAGGAGAAUAGCACAGCGGAAAGGGUAACUGAAUUCCCGUGCCAACUUCUUUCCCUCUCCCCUUCAACAUUUAUAUCAUUAUAGUGAUACAAAUACUAUUCAAAUCUACCUCAUCUAGAAUGUUGCUCAUCACAGAUGACAAGUAGAAAUCUAUGAUUUCAAGAUAGGUAAUCGAAACAGUGUAAUACAAAGUUUUGCGGCUUUCAGUAUAGCAAUCUAGGAAGAUGAUCCUUGGUACUUUACCCCAAAUCCUUUUGACUUUUCUUUUGGUGUUUAUGGUAAAACAAAAGCUAAUUUGUUUGGGAAAAAAAACCCAAACAAAUUCAUAAAGCCAAAGGAGUGGAAAAAACAGACAGAAUAUGUUAGGCCAAGAGGAAGACUUAAAUGCAGAGGAUGGUUUAGAUCGCUAUAUAGAAAUGUUUUGGGUAAUUGUUUCCUGAAUAAUAGUAAUUGACACACUUCCUGGAUGGAUUUCUUGAGCCUGUGUUCUAGCAUGUAAGUUUCUGAGUGUAUUUUCAUCUUUCAUGCGUCUUGUUUAGGGUUUUUUUUAGCUUGAAAUUUUCUGUGUUUUGCUAUCAUUUGUUUGUUCUUCAUUGCAGUUACUUGAUCUAUAAAGUUUGUUUAAAGAAUGAAUAAAUACGUGUGAAUGUUUCGGUGUAACUGCGUGGCACUUCUUGUUUGGGAAGAUAAACUGAGACACGAGAUGGCAGUGGUUUGAGGCCUGCAGAACCCAGAGAAGAAAAACUGAGUGUUGCUCUGCCCUCUUCCCUUUUAGAAAUGAACUCGGCCCCUGCAGUCAGUGGGAAAUGUUACAGCUGCCAUUUCUUUGGCUGGGGUAAUGAAACGGAGGUGGAGCCAUGCAUGAGACUUGUGCUUUCACCUUCUCUGUACUCGGUGCCACGCUGCUUUUUGACGUUGGCAUGUUUUUUCAUAAUGCUGUAGAGAAUCAGUAAAUUCUCAAACAGGAAUUUGACUGUGGUUGCUGCAGCCUUACCAAACGUAGCUCCAAUAUUUUAUGUCCCUGGCUGCUGAAGUAAUUGAAAAUGCCAGGUUGCUAAACUGAUGAAAGCCAUUACCUAGUUGCCUAGGCCCAAACAUGUUCAAGUGCCAAAUAAGCACAAGCAAUGGAUUCUUUGAAAUAUUCUGAGAAAGCAUACUUUGUUCCCUUCAGUUCAGUGAGCAGAUCAUUCA